ACUUGACAUUCACCCUGUAGUCCGCAUGAGGGAAGUUUUCAUUCACGUCUGUUAUUAAAGAAAAUAAUUCAAGCUUUAAGCGCAGUGCAGCUCUGAAAUUCAUCAUGUCGGUGAAACAAGCCUCUAUACACGCUAAAUGGAUCAUCGGCAGAGUGAUCGGAACAAAGAUGAAGAAGACUGCUAAAGUCCGGGUCACCAGACUGGUCCUGGAUCCAUUUUUACUAAAGUUCUACAACAAAAGGAAGACAUACUUUGCCCAUGAUGCAUUGGAGCAGUGCACUAUUGGGGACAUUGUGCUCCUGAAAGCUUUACCAGAAAGGAGAACCAAACAUGUCAGGCAUGAACUGGCUGAGGUUGUGUUUAAAGUUGGAGCAGUGGUUGACCCCCUGACUGGAAAGCGUGUUGCAGGUGGGCAGUAUCUGGAGCCCCUCACAGAUUCCACAGAUAACUCGGAGUUGUCAUUAACAGAAAAAUUAGAACAGCUGAACAUUUCUGCAUCUUCAUCACCCGCACCUUCUGCUUCUUAAUAUUAUAUGUUAAUGUACUGUAUAAAUGUGUAUGUGUGUACUGUUGAUUUAUAAUACAGAUACAAUUUCAAUCCUUA